GUUGCCCAGCGCGGGCGCCGGGGGGCGGAGUUCGGCGCCGAGGGAGACCCGGUGGCUGUGGCUCUGGCUCCGCGAGGUGGGGGCCGUCCCGGGCUCAGCCAGGCGGCCGCGAUCUCCCCGGGACACCCUCCGCCGCGGCCCGAGGCGGCGACAUGAGCGCCGCGGGGCUGCUGGCCCCGGCGCCCGCCCCAGCUGCAGCGCCGCCCGCCCCGGAGUACUACCCCGAGGACGACGAGGAGCUGGAGAGCGCCGAGGACGACGAGCGCAGCUGCCGGGGCCGAGAGUCCGACGAAGACACUGAGGAUGCCAGUGAGACCGACCUGGCGAAGCAUGAUGAGGAAGACUACGUGGAGAUGAAGGAACAGAUGUAUCAGGACAAACUGGCAUCUUUGAAGAGGCAGCUGCAGCAGCUGCAGGAAGGUACGUUACAGGAAUAUCAGAAGAGGAUGAAGAAGCUGGACCAGCAGUAUAGAGAGAGGAUCCGGAACGCAGAGCUCUUCCUCCAGCUGGAGACUGAACAGGUGGAAAGGAACUAUAUUAAAGAGAAGAAGGCAGCGGUGAAGGAGUUUGAAGACAAGAAAGUCGAGCUGAAGGAGAACUUGAUUGCUGAGCUUGAGGAAAAGAAAAAGAUGAUUGAGAAUGAAAAGCUUACGAUGGAGCUGACUGGAGAUUCUAUGGAAGUGAAACCCAUCAUGACCAGAAAACUACGGAGGCGACCAAAUGAUCCUGUUCCCAUUCCAGACAAGAGGAGAAAACCGGCUCCUGCUCAGCUAAAUUAUUUGUUAACAGACGAGCAGAUCAUGGAGGAUCUGAGAACGCUAAACAAGCUUAAGUCACCCAAGAGACCAGCUUCCCCGUCCUCUCCCGAACACUUGCCUGCCACACCUGCAGAGUCUCCAGUGCAGAGAUUUGAGGCUCGGAUAGAAGACGGCAAACUGUACUAUGAUAAGAGAUGGUACCACAAGAGCCAGGCCAUCUACCUAGAGUCCAAGGACAACCAGAAACUGAGCUGUGUGAUCAGCUCAGUGGGAGCCAAUGAGAUCUGGGUGAGGAAGACAAGUGACAGCACCAAGAUGAGGAUCUACCUGGGCCAGCUGCAGCGUGGGCUCUUCGUGAUCCGCCGGCGGUCAGCGGCUUGACUUUCUACGCACUUCCUCUUCCCUUGACCCCUUUUUCUGGAGUGGUUUUUAUUUUGUUUUGUUUUCUUCUUAAUAGAAAAUUCUUAACUUACCGGGACUAGCUACUUGGCCUGGGACAUGGAGAGCACUGUGGAGUCUUCAAGGCACUCACAUGGCCGGCCACUUCCAUCUCUGUACCGUUCUUUCCUGCCUCGGCUUCUUCCAGAAAUCAGUCACCAGAGACUCUUGCUUUCAGGAGUAUUGGCGGUUUCAUCCACUUUCCUUUUAUUCCUUUUUCUUUUCUUUUUUAUUUUAUUUUAUUUUAUUUUUGUUUUGUUUAUACUUGAUCUUUUUUUAAAACCUCCUUUGAGUUUGAAGGGAAGCUCGUUUUAAUACUUAUCUUUAGAUCUUUCUCCCAUGAAGAGCAGCGAGUGUGUUUUCCUGUCUGAUUCUGAUUGGUGGAUAGUGUGCCUGCUUCCCUUGUUGGGCCUAGAAGCGUGGGACAGGAGAGUCCUCCUGGCUCUGCCUUCUCAGAGAAAUAAAUGAUGUGUAACAUCUCA